AUGAUGCUGCUGGAAGACGUGCAAGGAGAACCCUUGAAAUUAGGGAGUGAUGCUAGUCGAAGCCUCACGAGAUCCCAAGUUGAUGCUGAAUUGGUUCGUAUGGCAACUAUGACUGCUGAAGCAGCUGCGGCUGCCGCUGCUCAUGCAGUUGCAGAGGCAGACGCUAUCAUGGCAGAAGCUGAAGCAGCUGCUAGGGAAGCAGAGGCUGCAGAAGCAGAGGCCCGAGCUGCACAGGCCUUCGCUGAAGCAGCAGUUUUGACACUGAAGAACAGAAAUGCUGCGAAACUGGUAUAG